AUGAUUUGGACAAAUCCCGGAAAACAUGAAGCUGAAAAUUGUUAUGCAUGCACCAAAAAUACAUUUGGUUUCAAUCGAAAAAAUCGGUCUUGUGUCGUCUACAAAGGUGUACCGAGCGCUCAUUUACCUGUUGCACAUAGUGAUGCAUUACAAGUUCCAAAUCAUCCAUCCGAACUCGAAACUGUCUAUGAUUGCAAACAGUCUAUGGCAACGCCAUUACCACUUGAUGAUGGAUCUGAUUACAUUCCGAUUGAAAACAAUUUACCGUCUUUCAUAUCCCAAGAACACCUAAACAGCAUGGUGCGUAAAUUAAAUCUCUCCCAUAACAACGCAAUGAUUUUGGCAUCGGAACUGAAAAGCGUGAAUGUUUUAGCACCAGGAGUAAAAGUAACGGCCUACAAACAUAGACAAGAUCCGUUUAUGCCAUAUUUCAAGUUAUCGGAAGAUGGCACUCAGGCUUAUUGCAUUGAUGUUGCAGGUGUGCUUAAUGGGCCGGACAUCAGAAGAUUAAUGAAGGAUCAAGGCUUCUUGGAAAUUCUUGAUGGCACAGCAGCCGUUGCAUGGGAUGCAGUUCGGGCUUUAAUUAAACACGUUCUGUGUAAAAAUCGUUCACCAGAAUAUGCCAUUUUUAUUGCGAACUUGAUGGAAUCUUUUGACGCCUUUGAUGUGCACAUGUCGCUUAAAAUCCACAUGCUACACAGUCACUUUGACUUUUACGAGCAACAGCUUUCAACAGAAACCGACGAGGUAGGAGAGAGAUUUCACCAAUCCAUUAUGUGUGUUGAGGACUGA